UACGGACAUUUUGAUAGUUGUCCUAUAGAAUAGUUUAUGAAACCAAUGGAUUUAGAGGAGAUGUAUCAAGUACUACGGGGAGCGAGCGAGAGGGACGCGGCGCGGUAUGAUAUAGUUCAGAAAUGGUUUCGUGAGUGUGGCAUUAUUGAUGGGAAAAUCAUAGGAGACGUGUUAUUUGAGCACAGUUAUUUGAGGUUAUGUCCGAAUAAGGAACCGAUCGGCUUGGUGCAGUUCAUACAGCUAAUAGGCAUACUGUCCAGGGAGACGAAGCUAGACAUACAAACGUUUUUGAAAAAAUUUCAAACCGUCAAAGAUGGUAUUAUUCGGGAAAUACAAGAUAAGUGCGUGGUUUUUGUAUUGAGGUCCGCAGAAUCUCCCUUUCCAAGGGGAAGAUUGAUAAAUGUAUAUUUUGUGAUAUUUUGAUCCUCUAAGACGUCACCAACAAUGAGACUUGGGUUUUGAUCAUGAGAAAGGGACAUUUUAAGCCGAGGGACAUUUUGGAGAAAAAUAAAACAAAUUAUCAAAAUUUACAUAAUUUAUUCAGUUAAAAAAAUAAAGGUACACGUGUUUCGUAUAUAUCUAAAUGAUUUAAUACAUGAUAUCUAAACCGUAUGAUACAUGAUUACUAACUAGGCUAUAAGCAAAGUUGGUAUACACACACACACACACAACAUUAUGCGUGGCAAUCAACACUGGUGUAACAUUUUAAAAUUAAAUUUUAUAUUUCAGUAUAUAAUUCAGUUCUUUCCGUAGUAAUUAAGUUGGCAAAAAUGUGCCAUAAAAAUUAUUUACACUGGCAACAUUAUAUAAAAUAAAGUUGCCACGAGAAACCGUUGUCAUUACGGGAAAAUAACCAUUGGAAAAAAAAGUUUAAUCCGAAAUCCACUUCCCAGAUUUGUAAUUUAUCCCGUAAUGGAAAUGUAUGAAAUGGAAGAAUUAAGAGAAAUAUUUCAAUAAAUGAAAAAUGUUAAGUAUAUUUAGCAUUUAAUUAAUUGUAAAGGAAGAACUGAUAAAAAUAUUAAAAAACAUGACACUAUUUCAAUGACUUCUUCUUUCACGUCGCGAAACAAUGUUUCUCUGACGAAAAAUACUACAAAAUAUUUUACAAAAUACAGAGUAUAAAUUACAAUAAUAUGACAAAAAAAUAAGCAAAUUAACAAAUUUAAUAUAAAGCUAGCAAACUUAGAUUGCUAACGCGUAAAACAUGUAAUACAAAUCUAUCUACACGUUGGUCGAACAACCUUGCUAAAAAGUAGGUAAAACAUUUAAAAUUAAUGUUUUUUUUAUCAUAAGUAUAUUGAUAUUCGACAUGUACCAAAAUUAGGGUUAGUUUUCAUACUGUACAAACAUAAUUAUAUAAUCUUUGACAACUGACAAAACGAAUAUUAAUUAUUUUUGGUAAAAUAUAAUAGUCUUGUAUUGUUAUUUAUUCUACCAAAUAUGAUUUUUGGCAGACGAAAAAUAUUAAAAAAAAAAAAAAAAAUGUCGUCUU